AUCGACUCAACCCACCAUGAGCAGUAGCGCCGAUUCGUCGUCCACACAAGCGCCGUACCUGAAGGUAUCCAACGCGCCCCCUGUCUAUCAAAGCAAGGACGAACUGCCGGCGUACUUUGGCAAGUUUGGCGGGUGCUUUGUGGCUGAAACGUUGAUCGAAGCCCACCAUCAACUCAUCGACGAGUACGUCAAAGCCACGCAAGACCCGUCCUUCCGGUUGGAAUUGGAGCAGUUAGGCCGAGACUACAUUGGCCGCCCGACCCCGCUCUACUUUGCACGCCGCUUGACCGAGCAUGCUGGCGGCGCCGACAUCUACCUCAAGCGGGAAGACCUUGCACACACUGGCGCCCACAAAAUUAACAACGCGUUGGGCCAAGCAGUGCUUGCCAAGCGUCUCGGGAAAAAUCGCAUCAUCGCUGAAACAGGCGCGGGGCAGCACGGCGUGGCAACUGCUACUGCAUGUGCCUUGAUGGGUAUGGAUUGCACCGUGUACAUGGGCUACGAAGACACGCAGCGUCAAUCCCUCAACGUCUUCCGCAUGAAGAUGCUCGGUGCAAAGGUCGUUGCCGUGAAGUCGGGGUCACAAACGCUCAAGGACGCGGUGAACGAAGCCCUUCGUGACUGGGUGACAAACGUCGAGACCACGCAUUACAUCAUUGGGUCUGCGAUCGGACCGCAUCCGUUUCCCACGAUCGUGCGCGACUUUCAAGCGAUCAUUGGCAAGGAGAUCAAGGCGCAGCUGGAAGAAGAGAUUGGCCGUCUCCCGGAUGCCAUUGUCGCAUGCGUGGGCGGCGGCAGCAACGCCAUCGGCAUGUUCCAUCCGUUCAUCCAGGACAAUGCGGUGGACAUUUACGGCGUCGAAGCCGGCGGCGACGGCGUCGAAACGGGUCGCCACUCGUCGACCCUCGUGGGCGGCCGCAUCGGCGUCCUCCAUGGCACCAAGACAUACGUGAUGCAGGACGCGGCCGGCCAGGUGAUUGAAACGCACAGCGUGUCGGCGGGCUUGGAUUACGCCGGCGUCGGGCCCGAACAUGCGUUCUUGAAGGACUCUGGGCGCGCCACGUACGUGAGCGUGACGGACGCGCAGGCGCUGGACGGGUUUAAGCUGCUAUGCCGCAUCGAAGGCAUCAUUCCCGCGCUCGAGUCGUCGCAUGCGAUCCACUACGGCGUCAAGUUGGCCAAGCAACUCGGACCAGGCAAAGUGCUCGUGAUCAACGUCAGCGGGCGCGGCGACAAGGACAUGAUCCAAGUUGCCAAGGUGCUAGGUGUCAACCUGAACGAAGACUUGACGGACGCGACUCCUUAACAAUAACACCAACUAUCGGUAGUACUAUGUAUUGUAGUCCUCGUACAAUAUUCACUGUCAAUAUUGAUA